AUGCCUGUUGAACUUGAUACGUGGACCAUCAAAAUUGUUUGGGUCUUCACUCAGCAUGGAAAAUCUGCUGAAUUGAUGAGAGUGACAGAUCUUCUCGUCACCAUAUUCUGUGCAAAGGCAUGUGGAAUCCGGGGCAUGGCUUGUGAGAAAUGUCAACAUUUUAGUACUUGCCGAGUUCCUGUUUUGAGUCUUGCCCAAAUGUUAGUCCUUCCAUUGGAGGAAGGGAAGGAUCCUACGGUUUCAAUCAAAGCAAGCCAAUCAAAGCCCUAUCCAAUAAGGUUACUCCAGUUAUUUUUGCUGUUUUUAGCUCUAUGUAUUGCCUUUUCGGUCAUCAGUAUGUAUACAAUCAAGCGUUUUGGAGUUCCGACUGCAGGGGCAACUGUUAAGCCUGCCUUUAAGCCUUGCUUUGAUGAACCGAAUACUUUGGAUCGUUGGAUUAGGCCUCCAUCUAAUCUGCUCCAUCAAAUGAGGGAUGAGGAGCUCUUUUGGAGGGCUUCGUUUGUUCCUCAAAUAAAGAAGUAUCCCUUCAGGAGAGUUCCUAAGAUUGCAUUUAUGUUUUUGACAAAGGGGCCAUUGCCUCUGGCAGCUCUUUGGGAAAGGUUUUUGAAGGGGCAUGAAGGGUUCUAUUCGAUCUAUAUUCAUCCAUUGCCAACAUUUGAAGCCAAAUUUCCACCUUCUUCAGUUUUCCAUCAGAGACAAAUCCCAAGUCAGGUUGCCGAAUGGGGUAAGAUGAGUAUGUGUGAUGCUGAAAGAAGACUCGUUGCUAAUGCAUUGCUCGAUAUCUCCAAUGAGCGGUUUGUUCUUGUAUCCGAAUCUUGCAUUCCUCUCUUUAAUUUCAGUGUCAUCUAUGACUACAUAAUGAGAUCCAAGUAUAGCUUCAUUGGUGCGUUUGAUGACCAUGGGCCGUAUGGGAGAGGACGGUAUAAUGAGAACAUGGUACCUGAGGUGGAUAUUACCCAGUGGCGCAAAGGAUCUCAAUGGUUUGAGAUCAACCGAAAGCUUGCAGUCAACAUAGUGGAAGAUACUACAUAUUACCCAAAGUUUAAAGAAUUCUGUAAGCCAAAUUGUUAUGUUGAUGAACAUUAUUUCCCCACCAUGUUAACCAUUCAAGCAGCAUCUCUCUUAGCGAACAGAACCCUUACUUGGGUGGACUGGUCAAGGGGUGGGGCUCACCCAGCUACCUUCGGAAGAGCGGACAUAACUGAGGAGUUCUUCAAAAAGAUUCAUGAAGGUAAGCAUUGCAUUUACAAUGAUCAAUCCUCUUCAGUUUGUUAUCUUUUUGCGAGGAAGUUUGCGCCGAGUGCUUUGGAACCUCUGUUACACAUAUCACGAAACAUAUUAGGAUUUUGA